AUGGAAACGCAAACCGUCUUGGCAUCGCGCGAAUCCGGACGGAGCUCCGAGAGCAGCUCUCUAGAUGCCGUCGCCAACGAGAAACAGAAACUGGCGGCGCACGACAGCUUGCCAGACCUGACCAACUCGGCCUCUCCGAAAAGAUGGAAGACCUUCUGGAAGUCUUUCCGGUAUCUGCACAAUCUGACGCCCAAGCAGGUGGAUGACUUUAUGGCUUCCUACGUCAUCUACAACCUCGACUGGUCAGAUGAAAAGCAGAUGGUCGAGACCCUAGGCCCGAAUUAUCAGGCCAAAGUUGGGGACUGCCUCAAGGCAUACUAUGGAGUCCUCAACCACCUGUGUGCGCUAGGUGACGUGGAGAAAAUGUACAUCCCGCCGUUUAUGAGCAAGAAGGCGACCGUGCUAGAGAACCAACUGUUGUAUGAAGAGUCAAUUGCGCAGGACAUUGGCUUGUCGCCGGGGUAUAAAGUGCUGGAUCUGGGCUGCGGCCGCGGGCGGGUGGCCGCGCACAUGACGCAAUACUCGGGCGCUCAAGUCACGGGCUUGAACAUUGAUCCCAACCAGAUCGCUCAGGCACGCUCCUACAACGAGCAACUCGGCUUCACCUCCAAUUCUUUCAUCGUCCAGGAUUUCAACAGCCUGCCUCUUCCAUUUGAAGAUGCUAGCUUCGACGCUUUCUACCAGAUCCAGGCCCUGAGUCUGUGCAAAGAUCUGCCCGCCCUCUUCCGUGAGAUUCACCGCGUGCUCAAGCCCGGCGCCAAAUUCUCCUGCCUCGACUGGGUCAGCCUGCCCGACUAUGAUCCCUCCAACCCCGAACACGUCGAGCUCAUGAGUCGCGUGAAGCCUCUCAUUGGCGCCGUCGGUACUCCCACCCCCGAGAGCCUCGAAAAAGCCCUCACCGAUGCUGGCUUCACCGUGCUGCGCUCCGACAACGCCAGUGUUGGAGGCUUGCAAGCCCCACUGAUCGAGAAGGUCGAUUUCUAUUUCCGCUCAAUGCGCCAACUGAUCCUAGGUCUCGUGAAGGCCCACAUGUUGCCGAAACACUUCAAGACUCUUAUCAACCGCCUGUGCCUCGAUGGUGAGGCGUUCGUGAAAAUGGACACAAUGAGACUCGUAACGACGAGUUAUCGGAUCAUUGCGCAGAAGCCUCGCCAAUAG